AUGGGACAAGGGCUAGAAAAGCAGCUGGAGCAGGCUCGAAAACCCAUGUUGGUCGGGGCAAUAUUUUCUACUUCACCCUCUGCAGAAAAAAACAAAGGUGCUUCUAAAUGGCUGUUGAACCCUCCAGCAAUCAGCUUGGACUGCAGUAGUUCACAGACAGAAGGAACAGCAAGGACCCCCAGGCAGUGUCUGGUGAAACCUGGGGCAGUGGCAGCAGGAGCUUGGCUUCCAUGGAGGGUCAUCCAGCAGAAAAACUGCAGGAUCAGCAGAAGCAGGCAGCUGGGGCUUCCAGCUCCCCCAGAAGAUGUACUCUCCUUUUUGGAGCAGAGGGAAGCCCCAUGGAUGCUUGAGCAAGAAGGCCUGAGGAGCUGCUGCCCAGGAGAGAUUAGACCUGAAAUGAAGGUGAAUCCAACAGAGGUGAGCCUCUCUGUGGAAGAAAUGGACCUGCACAAAUUCAUGCAUGUUGGUCCCAAGAACUUUGCUUUUAGAGAAUCCUGUGUUGCUCCUCAAAAUUCAUCUCAUAUUGAACAUCAAAGAAUGAACACUGAGGAAAAAUCUAGCGAAAGUAAUCAGUGUAGAAAGACUUUUAUGCACAGGGCCAAUCUUGCUGGACAUCAUAGAAUGCUUACUGGGGAGAAGCCUUAUGAAUGCAAGCAGUGUGGAAAGACAUUCAGUCAGAAACCCCAUCUUACUGUACAUCAGAGAGUCCACACUGGGGAGAAACCUUAUGAAUGUAAGCAGUGUGGAAAGACAUUCAGUCAGAGCUCCCACCUUGCUAAACAUCAUAGAACACAUACUGGUGAGAAACCUUAUCAAUGCAAGGAAUGCGGAAAGACAUUCACAGAGAGGUCCACUCUUGCUGUACACCAGAGAAUCCACACUGGGGAGAAACCUUAUGAAUGCAAGCAGUGUGGAAAGACAUUCACUAUUAACUCCCAUCUUGCUGUACAUCAUAGAAUCCACACUGGGGAGAAACCUUAUGAAUGCAACCAGUGUGGAAAGACAUUCACAAUUAACUCCCAACUUGCUGUACAUCAGAGAAUCCAUACUGGGGAGAAACCUUAUGAAUGCAACCAGUGUGGAAAGCUAUUCACUGAUAGCUCCACUCUUGCUAAACAUCAGAGAAUCCACACUGGGGAGAAACCUUAUGAAUGCAACCAGUGUGGAAAGACUUUCAGACUGAGUUCCUCUCUUGCUCUACAUCAGAGAAUCCACACUGGGGAGAAACCUUAUGCAUGCAGGCAAUGUGGAAAGCAAUUUAGUCAGAGCUCCCACCUUGCUAAACAUCAGAGAAUCCACACUGGGGAGAAACCUUAUGAAUGCAAGCAGUGUGGAAAGUCAUUCACAGACAACUCCUCUCUUGCUAUACAUCAGAGAAUCCACACUGGGGAGAAACCUUAUGAAUGCAAGCAAUGUGGAAAGGUAUUCAGUCACAACUCCAGUCUUGCUAUACAUCAGAGAAUUCACACUGGGGAGAAACCUUAUGAAUGUAAGCAGUGUGGAAAGUCAUUCACAGAUAACUCCUCUCUUGCUUCACAUCAGAGAAUCCACACUGGGGAGAAACCUUAUGAAUGCAUGCAGUGUGGAAAGGCAUUCAGUCACAACUCCAGUCUUUCUGUACAUCAGAGAAUCCAUACUGGGGAGAAACCUUAUGAAUGCAAGCAAUGUGGAAAAAAAUUCAGUCACAACUCCAGUCUUUCUGUACAUCAGAGGAUCCACACUGAGAAGAAACCUUAA